UAAACCACUCCCCUUUGCCCUUUGUUUGGGAUGAUGUAACCGCAAGUCACACUGCUAUAGGUUCAGAGUUCAAAGAAAUGGCUGGUGAAGGAGGGCCAAGUGAAAAAGUUCAGAACUAUCUGGACAAGCACAAGAUAUCUUCACUUUUUCAAGACUUGAGAACGAAGAUAAUAAAGGAUCUACCUAUAGAUCCAAUUGAUUUUCUGAUCUCUAAGCUACAAGCUCUCAAACAGAAAAAGAAGGGUGCAGUACCUCGACCAGCCACGUCCGGUGGUGCUUCCAGCCUCAAGUCAUCACGCAUUCAAGUCACUGGUACUACAGCUCCAACUACUGCCUCCAAAUUAAAGAGUCCAAGUGCUGCCAAGUCCAGGGCAGGACUCACCUCAACCAGCUCCCCCUCCCUCACAAAGACGCGUCCCACCACUGCCGGAACUAAGACCGUCACAACUAAGUCUGCUGCUGGGGCCAAACUCAAGCCACCAACUUCUACCUCAUCUCCUAAGAGGCCGACUACAGCCCCUGCCUCUGGUAAGAGCUCUCUCUCAUCGCCCUCCAAGGCCACUGGUCUCAAGCCUCCCUCAAAGCUCUCCACUUCCUCUGCCAGCUCCUCUGCCAAAUCCACCCCCACCAAAACAGCCUCUCGACCUGGACUGAGACCACCUACUACUGGGAGCUCAAAGGCCAGCCCAGGAGCAGUGAAGAAAGCCACUACUGUGCAAUCAGCUAAAGAUAAGCCAAAGUCUCCUAUUAAAAAGCCAGCCAACACACAAGCAGCCAAAAAGCCUCUUGCAAAAGAAGAUUCAGCUCCUGUUAAAACAGAACCAAGUGCCGAAAAAAUUGCUGAGUUUUUUGGAGAGCCCCAAAAAACUAGUAUCAAGUCGACACUCCAUCACCAUGACGAUGACGAAGUGAGCGUGCCCAAUGUGGAUAGUGGCAGUGAGAGGGGUGAGGAUGAAGAAACCUGUGACUGCUCAGGAAACAAUCUCAACUCACUGCUACAGAUGAAAAUGAGUAUGAAGCAGGCCAAGAACAAGCGCUCUCCAAAGAGACCCAAGUCUCACCUCAGUCCCCGGGAGGAGGACCUGUCCACUACGCCCCCUUCCCUCGGCUACCACAGUGAUGGGUGUGAGGAGAGUGAGGACGAGUGUGUGGAGGCAGUUGAGGACGCAGGUGCUCUCGAGGAUGAGGGAGUCACUGGACUCCCUGGGAAUAAACUGUCAUCACUGCCUAAGGACACUAAGGUAGACUUCAUGGUUCUCCUGUGUGCCCGUUGUGCCAAGAUGUUGACUGGAGAUGAACCUAUUACUGAGAUGUCAGCCAUCAUUGUCACAAAAGGGGCAGGUAGCGACUUUGAGAGUGCAUCUCAGGUAGGAAGCCAUGCCUCUUUCCCUCAAUGGGAAGUCGGAACAGAAGUUGACUCAGAGGCAUCUUCAGCUAAUAAGUGGAAGAGCUCCAGUGAGACGUCCAACGUCACCCUAGUGUCUCAGGACACGUGGGGUGGGCUGGCUCCUAAAUCCAGACCACUUGUUUCUGGUACCAGUGACACGGAGAGUGAAGUACAGCUGCCACCACCACCACCCCUUGUGGGCCAUCCAUGGAAGGAGGAGUCACCAACUCAUGACCCACACGGAUGGGCAGAGCAAUUAUAAACUGACCUUUAAUAAUGGACCUUUAAUAAUGCAAUGCAAGUUUAUUUCUAAAUGCAAUUUUCCUGUAAUACAAAGAAGUGCAAAGAGUCAUAUACCUCGUUCCUGUAAUUUUAUAAAUCAAAAAAAUGUUCAUGUUAAA